CGAACCAUCUUCUUCUUCUUCUUCUUCUUCCAACUAUGGCGUCUGCUCGCUGCUUGCUGGCUCUUCCUCUCGAAACGUCGAAGCAUCCCAGUCCUUUCAUUUUUACUUCUUCUUCUUCUACUGACGCCUCCUUUGCUGUCGCGUUCAAUUCUGCUUCUCGUCGGUGCGGACGUUUUAAGCUCCCAAUCUCCUCUCUGUGCUGCAAAAUGGACCAUCGUCUAAAAGCUAAGCCACAAGAUUCGGAAGCAACAUUAGUUGCCGACUCCUUCACUCAAUUCAAACACCUGCUGCUUCCAAUAACUGAUCGCAACCCUUUUCUUUCAGAGGGAACGAGACAGGCUAUUGCUGCUACCGCCGCUUUGGCAAAGAACAAUGGGGCUGACAUAACAGUAGUCUUGAUUGAUGAAAAGCAGAAAGAAUCAUUUCCAGAGCACGAGGAGCAACUCUCAAGCAUUCGUUGGCAUUUGUCUGAAGGUGGAUAUCAAGAGUUUAGAUUGUUAGAGCGAUUGGGGGAAGGGAGCAAGCCAACGGCAAUCAUAGGAGAGGUGGCUGAUGAACUGAACUUGGAUUUGGUAGUUAUAAGUAUGGAAGCCAUUCAUUCUAAGCAUGUGGAUGCAAACUUACUGGCUGAGUUCAUUCCCUGCCCUGUUAUGCUCUUGCCAUUAUGAAUAUUAUUGUUGCAUUUUCUCCAAUCUCUUCAGUUUUUGUUUUAUUUAGUCAUCUGAUGUUCAUGUUUUUCUUUAACAAUGUACUGAUGUAUAUAUAAAGUGGUUUAACUUUGAUGGUU